UUUAGUUUUGUUUUAUUCACUCGUUGGAUUUGGGUUGUCGCGUUUAUGAUUAGAUGUUGUUUGCUGAUUGGCUAAAUCUAGUUUUGGAUGUUCAUUUGGUGGUUUUGUUCUUCAUCUCGCAUUUUAUCUGUAGUCUGUGUAAACUAUGAAAUCUGUGCCAACUAUUGGCCUAACUGAACUUCUCUUAUAUUUUUACUUGCAUUUUUUCCUCUAAAAGUGUGUCCUGUUCUGUUUCUUUCUUUUGCCAUAUGGGCCCUUAGAUAUGCAUCUUCUUUAAAAGAUUUUAUUCUUCAUUAUUGUAGUAAAGUUUACAAUUCGUGCUUUCGAAUCUUUACUGUCUCUCACUAGCUUUCUGUGAUUUCAGUUUACGUGUUCUACAAUUAUUGAAACUGUAGGAUCUACUAAGUUGAUUGCACAUGGACCGUUGGUUUAUUGGUUCUCUGGAGUUAGAUUUUUAUUUUUUCUGUUCCUGGUCCUCGUUUUAAAGUAGAAAUUUUGAUAGAUUCAUCUCCGCUUAAGUUUCCAAUAUCUCCUGAUUUUUGGGGAGUCACUCAUAUGUCUUUUUCUUAAUAAUCAUUUACCACGACAAGCCAGGCAAUUGCAGCAUUGAAGAUGUUGAGAGAAAACAAGAACAACUUUGACCUGGUUAUCAGUGAUGUGCAUAUGCCAGACAUGGAUGGUUUUAAAUUGCUGGAGCUCGUGGGGCUUGAGAUGGACCUACCUGUCAUAAUGUUGUCAGCAAAUAGUGAUCCAAAGCUUGUGAUGAAGGGUAUUACUCAUGGUGCUUGUGAUUAUUUGCUGAAGCCUGUUCGAAUGGAGGAGUUAAAGAACAUAUGGCAACAUGUAAUUAGGAGAAGAAAAUUCAAUAACAAGGAUCAGAAUAACUUUGCCAACCAAGAUAAGCAUCAUGGAAGUGGUGAAGCCGGAGCAGACCAGAAGCUUAAUAAAAAAAGGAAGGAUCAGAAUGAAGAGGAGGAUGAGGAUCGUGAUGAUAAUGAACAUGAAAAUGAGGAUCCGACAACCCAAAAGAAACCUCGGGUUGUUUGGUCAGUAGAGCUGCAUCGCAAGUUUGUUGCAGCUGUUAAUCAGUUAGGCAUUGACAAGGCUGUGCCUAAAAAGAUUCUCGAUUUGAUGAAUGUUGAAAAGCUUACGAGAGAAAAUGUUGCGAGCCAUCUACAGAAAUACAGGCUUUACCUUAAAAGGAUCAGCACUGUUGCAAAUCAGCAAGCUAAUAUGGUGGCAGCUUUAGGCAGUACAGAUUCUCCAUAUUUACAAAUGGGUUCUGUGAAUGGCAUUGGGUUCCCCAACUUGGCUGGAACUGGGCAGUUCCAUGCUGCAGCCUUCAGAUCUCUCCCACCAAGUGGUAUGCUUGGUAGGUUGAAUUCUCCUGCUGCUCUUGGUAUGCGUAGUCUGGCUACUACUGGAGUAAUUCAGUUAGGUCCUUUGCAAACCGCGAGCCAUUUGACUAAUAAUCAGAGCCAAUUCCAGUCAAUUGUGCAUUCUGGAAAUGAUGGCAAUGUACUUCAAGGGAUGCCAAUGUCACUAGAAGUUGAUCAAAUACCACCUAGUAAUGGUGUUACCUAUAUCAGAGAACUUCCUACUGAAGUUAAUGAUACUACCACUUUCUCUGUUUCCAAUGGUUUCCCAGAUGCAAAUAUAAUGGCUGGCAGCUCAAAUGGUGGUUUCCUUGGUGUUCCCAACAAACCCUUAAUGUUAGAAGGGAGUGCUCAAGAGGCUCAAGAUGGCCAAAAGUUUGGAAAACAAUCAUCUCUUGCUGUGACCGCUUUUGAUUCAGGAUAUUCUUCAAAUUUUUUGGAUCAGAGUAGAUGUAAUGACAGCUGGUCAAGUGCUGUUCAGUCAACAGGAGUCCAAUCAAAUUCUUUUGGCCUUAAUGACUGUUUUAAACAAGCUACUCUGCAUCCUAGCAACAUUAGAGAUAGCAUGUCAACAAUGGCUUUGCAAAGUGGGAAUAAUCUGUCUCACGUCUCUUCUAUUUCUACAGUGCUGACUCACUUGCAGGACUCUAAGGCAGAUUUACAGUGCCAAGUAGCUUCAAUUAGAAGUAAUGCCGGACAAAUAAUUGCUAAUGCCCCACAAGGUUGGGAUGACCAGAGGCAAGAUGCCCCUUACCCCUCAAAUGCUGUAUGUAGCUCAAUAAACUCUGCAAUUCCUAAUCAUGGUACUGGGAAUCCAAUGGGCCGGAGUUUGGACCCAAAUAGUGCAAUUUUCCAUAGAACCAAGAGCUUCAAUUCAGCAAGACAAUCAGAUCUUGUAGAUCCAUUUCUGUUGAAGCACAGUGAGGUUGAUAAUUUGGCCAUGGAGUCCCUAAUGAGAUCAGAUGAAGGAUAUGUGAUAGGCCAACAGAAGCCACAGGGCAGUUAUUUUUCUAAUAAUUUUGGCUCCUUGGAAGAUUUAGAGAGUGUAAUGGUGAAACAGGAGCAAGAUAAGGUGACAAUAACAGAAGGAGAACUUGGAUUUGGCUCUUAUUCUAUUAGGAAAUGCAUGUAAUGCAGAUAUUAGCUGCCCAAAUACCCAAGAGAGAAGAUCUGCCAUAGAAUCGUGCCCCACCUUCCUUGAAUUUAUACCUCAUUUAUCUGUGAUUUCCACUUCCACCUUUUCUCUAUACAACUCUGUUGCUAGCAGUUGUUUCUAUUUUCAGCAGAGCAAAUUUUUCUAGCUGUUUGAACAGUUUCAAAUUGUGAAAAUUGCCAAGGACACUUUGUUUUUGAACUGUAGGAAAUGCAUAUUCUUGCUCA